AUGGCCGAGUCUGAACUGUCAGAGAUCAAAGGACAGGCUAAGAUGAUAUUUCGCCGCUUGAAUCGCAACUCCGCACCCCAGGCCAGCAUUGAAUCGGGCCAAUAUAACCUCCACUACACGGUCCAGGAUGAUGUCUGCUUCCUCUGUAUCUGCGAUCGCUCCUACCCACGCAAGCUUGCUUUCACCUAUCUCGCUGAUCUGGCUUCCGAAUUCACCACCACCUACUCCCAAUCCCAAUACCUCUCCCCAAACCUCCGCCCCUAUGCCUUUGUCGAGUUUGAUACCUUUAUCCAGCGCACAAAGAAGUUGUAUCAAGACAGCCGAGCCUCCCAAAACCUGGACAAAUUGAACGACGAGCUGCGUGAUGUCACCAAGGUCAUGACCAAGAAUAUUGAGGACCUCCUGUACCGUGGAGACAGCCUGGAGCGCAUGGGCGAGCUUUCUGGUCGUCUGCGAGAAGACAGCAAGAAGUACCGGAAGGCUGCAGUGCGCAUCAAUUGGGAAUUGUUGGUGAAGCAGGUGAGAUGA